AUGGAGCUUCAGUUUUGGCCUGAUUUUCUUUCUCUCUUGGAAAAGCUGAACGGUCGGAUGCUCCUGGUGGUUCUGGUCAUUUUUCUUUUGAUUAUUGACCUUGUGAAAAAGAGGCGACCCAGGAAUUUCCCUCCAGGGCCACAGCUCUUUCCUCUCGUGGGAACCUUUGUGGACUUUAAGCAGCCUCUCCAUCUUGAGAUGCAGAAGCUUACUGGUCGGUACGGGAACAUCUUCAGCGUGCAGUUUGGAAGUCUGACUUUUGUGGUAGUCAAUGGGUACCAAAUGGUGAGAGAAGCUCUUGUCCACCAGGCUGAAAUAUUUACAGAUCGGCCAAAUAUUCCACUUCUUCAAGAAAUAUUUAGAGGCUUCGGGCUCAUAUCAUCAAACGGGCAUAUAUGGAGGCAACAGAGAAAGUUUGCUUCAGCAACGCUGAAAAGCAUCGCUGUAAGUUUUGAGGAAAAAGUGCAAGAGGAGAGCCGGUACCUUGUGGAGACAAUUGAGGAGGAGAAAGGACAGCCAUUUGACCCUCAUUACAAAAUUAAUAGUGCUGUUUCAAACAUCAUCUGUUCCAUAACUUUUGGGAACCGCUUCGACUACCAUGACAACCGUUUCCAGGAAUUGCUGCACUCGCUGGCUGAAACGCUGCUGCUCAUUGGAAGUUUCUGGGGCCAGUUGUAUAAUGCUUUUCCUUUGGUCAUGAGAUGGCUGCCAGGACCCUUUAGGAAAAUCUUCAGGCACUGGGAGAAACUUCAAUAUUUUGUGAAGGGCGUGAUCGCAAAGCACAAGGAGGAUUUGGACCACUCUGAGGCAGGAGAUUAUAUUGACUGUUACCUGAAGGAAAUAGAAAAGUUUAAGGGUGACACCAGCUCAUAUUUCCAUGAGGAAAACCUGCUGUGCUCCACCCUGGACCUGUUCUUAACUGGGACUGAGACGACGGCAACCGCCAUCCGCUGGGCUCUGCUCUACAUGGCUGCAUACCCCCACAUUCAGGAGAAAGUGCAGCUCGAAAUCGACACAGUGGUGGGUCAGUCCCGCCAGCCCACCAUGGCUGACAAGGAGAACAUGCCAUACACCAGCGCGGUGUUGAGCGAGGUCCUGCGGAUGGGCAACGUCGUGCCACUGGGGGUGCCCAGGAUGUCCACCAGCGACACCACACUGGCCGGCUUCCACCUGCCCAAAGGCACCACCCUGAUGACCAGCCUGACUUCGAUAAUGUUUGACAAAAAUGUGUGGGAGACUCCAGACACCUUUAAUCCUGAACAUUUCCUGGAAAACGGCCAGUACAGGAGGCGGGAGGCUUUUCUGCCCUUCUCUGCAGGCAAGCGGGCUUGUCCCGGGGAGCAGCUUGCCAGGACAGAGCUCUUCAUCUUCUUCACAGCCCUUCUGCAGAAGUUCACCUUCCAGGUGCCAGCAGCUGCCACGCUGACCUUCGCCUUCACACUGAGCCUCACACGCUGUCCCAAGCCCUUCCAGAUCUGUGCGCUGCCUCGUGACUGAGGCCGGCGUGGGGGCCGCCCUGCACUCCUCCACUCACUGGCUUCAGCCCUCCACAAGCCUGGAAAGUGCCCCUUCUCCUAUCCAACCCAUAGAUUUUCGGCCAAAAUGAUGGGCCACAGAUGUCUAGCACCCACCAAUGGGUGGCAGAGGGAAGAGCAGGAGGACCAAAUCCUGUAUACUGCAAAAAGGACAGCCCAUGAGCCUUCUCCAUUCACCUCCUGCCUCCUCCUCUAUAUCAGUUUCACAAAAUGCAUGAAUGUAAAAGCCUUAUUACUUAAUUUCUGCCAUUAGCACCUCCCAGGAAGGUGUCUGCCAGCUGCAAAACCAUGGGCACAGUCGGGUCCAUGGUGGCUCUUCCAAAGGGGAUAUGUCCACCACCCAGACACCAUUUAGCAACCCCUAAAUCCAAAUAUUGUAGCACCCUCAAUGGCCAUGGGCUAUGUUUUCCAAGGUCUCCCUGGUCAGUGAGGGCAGCUGACCUUGGAUGUACAAGUUCUGGGUCCACACCUCAGCACCAGUUUGGACUUCCAGGUGGCCAUGGACGGUCCUCAGGCUCAGGUAGCCUCAGCCUUGGUUUGGUGUGCAUUCCUCACACAACCACGUUGCUGUAUUGCAAGGGAAAUAUCCUUGCAGCAGGAGUAUGUAGUUUUUCAAUCUUAUACAUGUAUGGAAGUUUUAAUUAGGAGGCUACAGGGUGUUAGGAGCAACUUCUACUGUAGGCCAAUCCAAGUGGGAUGGCAUGAGGAACCACGCCUCCAGGUUGCAAAUGGCUAUAAAAGUGCAGUACUGCAGUUGUACGAGCAGGAAAAGUUUAUCAACAAAGAUUUGUGGUAAUAAAAUACACAACGGGAAAGAAAAGUUGCAAAAAUAUAAUUGCAUGGCAUUGCUUAGGAGUAGUUUAGCUGAAGCCCAACAGAGUAAGAAACAGCAGAGAGUGUCAGAAGGGUCAUGCCUGUGGUGGCCUGCCUCUGGCUGGCAGGAAGGAAAAGGUGGCAUGGAGGCUUUGUGGUGGGAAGUCACAAGCUCACCAACUUCCCUUCCACUUCUGGUAAAGAUUUGUGGCCACGCAUGAAGGGCAUGUUCAUAGCAUAUGGGCCAAGGAGGUGAGUCAGGGGCAUGGCGCUGCCUGUGAUGGAGACACUGCUUCUGCCCAUACUAGGGUCACUCUGGAAAACAGUUAAUUACGUAUGCAACUUGUAGAGAAUUUUCCAUUUAUGGGACCAACUAUUUCUGCUUAGAAAUGCUGCCUCCUGUGUGCUUUUCUUUGGAAUAUAGUCACAGCAAAGACUGGGGUUAUUUUCCUGGGUUUUUUUUCUUCUCACCUUUCAUAAAUGGCUUUUCUAUGAGAACCCAUGUAGGAUACUGAAGAGUUAACAGGAAAAAAGGAUUAAAUCAAGUUUCAUUUCCACUGGCUUUAGCCUCCAUCUCCAGCAAUAACUGCUUUGCUGCAUUAUAAAGCAAUCACCAUGCAGUGGCAGAUUUAUGCCACAUGGGAGAGUCCUUUGCAUGUCACAUCCCUGCCAUGCCAGGCACACAGGGAUUUUGUCGAUGAGUUGUCCUUCGAACUGACCACUUUAAUCCUAUUGCAUUUUUAAUUAAUGUUUUGCGGUUACAGGCUCCUGUGGUUGGUUUGUUGUUGUUGUUUUUUUUAAUUUCUAAAAGAGAAAACAUAAAAGAUCUGUGAACGUAUUUUCAUGUAUGAAGUUUUCAAAGCCAUUUGGGACUUGA